AUGAUUGAAACACAGACAGAGAUCAAUGCAUCUCCGUCUCAUGUGCGAGAGGUGCUCCUUGAUUUCGCAAAUUACCCCGAGUGGCAGACCUCAGGCCUUCUUCGUCUGCUCGAGCCAGAAGACUCAAGUAAAACAUUGCCAACCUUGCAACCAGGCGACAAGAUAAAAUGUGACGUUGAUGGAAUGAAGUUCACCGCUGAAAUUAAGGAAAACUCCGAGAAACUCCUCCAAUGGCAAGGACCUCCUGUGAUGGGCCUGAUUUCUGGCUUGCAUACAUUUAGCUUUCAAUUCUCUUCCUCUGGGGGCACAUUAUUUACCCAUUCAGAGGAGUUUUCUGGACCAAUUUCAUUUCUGAUGAGUCCCUUGUUACUGGGACGAAAGAUGCUUGGCCAGUACCGGAGAUUCAAUGAAGAGUUGAAGAUACAAGCAGAGAAGUAA